AACUAAUUAAACAAACACUAUUGUAUCUAUAUUUUUUACUUUUUGAGUAGUUUGUAUUUUCAACUGCCAAAUUUUAUUUAUUUUAAUUAAAAAUGGAUUGGUUUAGUCAUAAUGUUCCACAAGGAGGAAUGAUGCAAACUGCAAAGAAUACCUACAAUCCAGAUACAGCUAAAUAUUUAAAAUUGUUAAUAGAUGAAAGUAAAAUGACAUCAAUGUUACGGAAAAAAGAUAACUACAUUUUAAGAAAUAAUGAACCAUUGCCUUCUUUAUCCGAACCUCCUAGUCGUACUGCUCGAUAUCCAGUUACCAUCAGACCAGGAAGUUCAAAAAAACGAUCAAUGGACACCAUCAUAAAAUCGGGGGUGUAUGAACGAGAACAGUUUAAACCCAUUCAUCCAUUGGUUGAUAGGGAAAAGGAAAAAGAAAAAUUACAGAAUAAGAUGGCUUUCAAUUCUGAUGUUAAAGUGAAAAAGGACAAAGCUCUUGAGAAGAAAGUUAGCAAAGAAAUAAGAGUAGAAUACAAUAGGUUUGACCAACUAAUGCAAGAAAUUAAAGAAAGGGAAAAUUGGCUGAAAGAAAUGGAGCGAUUGGGUGAAGCCGAUAAAUAUCGACAAGUUAUUGAAAAUCAAAUUCAAGAAAAAGUAAGAGAAUUGGAUCGAAUGAAAACCUGUAAUGAUAUGGUGGAAACAUAGUCAGUUUUAGAAUUUACCCAAUUUUAG